AUGGGCCAGCAGCUCCUCCGUCACGCCAACCGCCAAAGAUCUUUCACAUCAAUCUCCACCAUUGGCUGCAGUGAUGGUAUCCAGAUCAGUGGGGCACAAUGUACCUCAGCCAACUGCACCUUAGAAGGGGGCAACAGCAGCAAAAGUUUCCAUAACUUUGGGAGAAAUGACAGGAUCUCCUCUGUUCCCAAGACAAGCUAUAGAAAUGAGGGGUUGUUUGAGGUUAGUGUUGAUAAACACCUCUUAGAACCUCUCUAUCUGGGAGUUGACCUACAUGAUCAUCAGAUCAAAGCCCAUGAGAAGGAUCAAAUGAAAGACCUGAACACCCAGUUUGCUUGCUUCAUUGACAAGGUCAGAGAUCUGGAACAAAGGAAUGAGAUGCUGGUAACCAAGUGGGAGCUGCUGCAAAACCAGAAGAUUCCAAUAGUUAAGAAAGACUUGAACCCUCUGUUGGAAAACUACAUCAGCAGCCUGAGAAAAAAACUUGACUGUAUGUUGAAUGAAAAGAAUAAAUUGGGAAACCAGCAGAGAACAAUGCAGGACCUGACUGAGGAGUACCGAUGCAGAUAUAAAGAAGAAGCUCAUAGGAAAGCACACGUAGAAAAUGAGUUUGUCCUGCUCAAGCAGGAAGUAGAUAAUGCAUUUAAAGAACAGAAGAAGCUGGAACUGAAGAAGGAAUUGUUGAUAGAAAAUAAAGAGUUCCUGAAAAUUUUUUUUGCAGAGGAACUUGCUGUAUUGAAUUGCCAUCUCUCUGACAUAUCAGUGGUGCUCAAUAUGAACAACACCAGAUGUUUGGACAUGGAUAACCUCAUCCAGAACAUUGAUAGUUGGUAUCAGAGCAUUGCCCAAAGAAGCAAGGAAGAAGCUAAUAUUUUUUACCAAAACCAGAUUGUGGAUCUUCAGAACAAAAAAUGCCAGUGCCAUGAAAGCCUGCAAAAAAACAGUGAUGAAAUUGCUGAGUUGAACCGGUUAAUCCAGAUAAUGCAGUGCAAAGCAGAUGCUGAGAAGAAAAUGACUGCUGCUUUGCAAGUAGCCAUUGGGGAUGCUGAACGUAAUGGAGACCGUGCUCUAAAAGAAGCUCGAGCAAAGCAUGUAGAGCUACAGAAUCGCAUGCAGAGUUCCAAGGACCAACUGGCUUCCAUCUUACGGGAUUACCAGGACCUCAUGAAUACCAAACUGGCCCUGGAUAUUGAGAUUGCAACAUACAAGACAAUGCUGGAGGGAGAAGAGAACAGAAUACGUACAGGAGGACCCAUGAGUCUGGGCAAGGAAUCUGAACAUUCUUCUAAUCUUUUCUCUGAGCAUUUUGUUUCAUUCCAUUCAAUUUAA